UUAUUUUGGUGUGGUGAUGUGACGUCAUAAGGCUGCGCCGCGCUCUCGCACAUGUUGUGAUUCGACUGAAGAAAGGACAGAGUGUCCAAACACACAGAAAAACUCCCGCCGAAGCGACUGAGACACACGGUUAUAAAGAUGGCGUUCAUUAAAGAGGAGAGUGAAGACAUUAGGAUUAAAGAUGUAUUCAGCAUGAAACAAGAAGAUCCUGAGACACAAACAAAGAUGGCGUUUAUAAAAGAGGAGAGUGAAGACAUGAAAACCGAAGAUUAUCACCUAAAAACAUUUGAAGCCACUUACAUCCAGCGUGAUGACGUUAUAAAACCUCGCGAAAAAAAGCCUUUCACCUGCCCUCAGUGUGGAAAGCGUUUCGGACACAAAGGGAACCUUAUGAACCAUAUGAGAAUCCACACUGGAGAGAAGCCUUUCACCUGCCAACAGUGUGGAAAGAGUUUCGGACACAAAGGGAACCUUAUGAACCACAUGAGAAUUCAUACUGGAGAGAAACCUUUCACCUGCCAACAGUGUGGAAAACAUUUCACUCAAAAAUGGAACUUUAUAAAACACAUGAGAAUUCACACUGGAGAAAAGCCAUUCACAUGUGAUCAGUGUGGAAAGAGUUUCUCACGAAAAGGAGACCUUAAGCUUCACAUGGUCGUUCACACUGGAGAGAAGCCGUUCACAUGUGAUCGGUGUGGAAAGAGUUUCGGACGUAAAGUAAACCUUAAUCAACAUCUCUUCACAGGGUUGACUUGGGAUGCAUUCCAUUCAGUUGGUGAGUACCUUACCAAUACAUACAUCAACAGCUUCCAGCUACACACUUGGGAUCAGCUCCUGAUGAAGCUGCAUCCUAAUUUAUUGCAGGGUGAUCUUGCUGAAAGCUUUGGUGUUUCUUCAGUCUGUUGGUUCCUGGAAUACCUUCGUCCAGGCGAUGAAGUAAUGGCAGACAGAGGCUUCACCAUUACCGAUCUCCUGUAUGAAAGGAAGGUGAAACUUGUCAUUCCAGCAUUCACCAAGAGAGGCAUGCAACUCUCUGAAGAAGACACCACCAACACUAGGCGCAUUGCCAAUUAUAACUGGAAAAAAAACAUAAAGACUGCAAAGACACGAAAAAGAGCCCAGAAGACCAAAUCUAACACCUGCCAUCAGUGUGGAAAGAAUUUUAUACAUAAACAAUCUCUUAAGGCCCACAUGAGAAUUCACACUGGAGAAAAGCCUUUCACCUGCCCUCAGUGUGGAAAGCGUUUCGGACACAAAGGGAACCUUAUGAACCAUAUGAGAAUCCACACUGGAGAGAAGCCUUUCACCUGCCAACAGUGUGGAAAGAGUUUCGGACACAAAGGGAACCUUAUGAACCACAUGAGAAUUCAUACUGGAGAGAAACCUUUCACCUGCCAACAGUGUGGAAAACAUUUCACUCAAAAAUGGACCCUUGAAGAACACAUGAGAAUUCACACUGGAGAGAAACCUUUCACCUGCCCUCAGUGUGGAAAGAGUUUCAGUCACAAAUGGAACCUUACAAGCCACAUGAGAAUUCACACUGGAGAGAAGCCUUUCACCUGCCCUCAGUGUGGAAAGAGCUUCAGUCAAAGGGGGCACCUCAUAAGCCACAUGAGAAUUCACACUGGAGAGAAGCCUUUCACCUGCCAACAGUGUGGAAAACAUUUCACUCAAAAAUGGAGCUUUUUAAAUCACAUGAGAAUUCACACUGGAGAAAAGCCAUUCACAUGUGAUCAAUGUGGAAAGAGUUUCACACAUAAAGACACCCUAAAUGCUCACAGGAAGAAUCACUUUGGAGAGAACAGCUGCAUAUGUCAGCAGUGUGGAAAGAUUUUCAGUAAUAAAGUAAGCUUCAAGACUCACAUGAGAGUUCACACUGGAGAGAAGCCUUACACAUGCUCUCAGUGUGGAAAAAGUUUCAGUCACAAAUGGAACCUUACAAGCCACAUGAGAAUUCACACUGGAGAGAAACCUUACACAUGUCAACAGUGUGGAAAGAGCUUCUCACGAAAAGAAGCUCUUAAGGGUCACAUGAUCGUUCACACUGGAGAGAAGCUGUUCACAUGUGAUCAGUGUGGAAAGAGUUUCGGACGUAAAGUAAGCCUUAAUCAACAUUCCUUAAUUCACUUCAAGAGAGAACUGUUUUAGAUGUUGUCAGUAUGAAAUAAUUUUCACAGACAGGAAAAACCUUAUGCAUCAUGUAAUAACUGGAGAGAAGUGUGCCAUCACUAUCUAUGUUUACCCAA